AUGUCGAACCCCAGCCGCCGCCGCCACGGCGCCAUCCAAGACGUGCAGCUCAGCGCUGAGUGGACCAACGGCACUGAUCAGGGGGUGUACUAUCAGGACUACCAGGGACACGACCUCCAGUACAUGUAUGCGCAAGGCCAGACGCCGGUGUACGGAAUUCCAGCCCAAGACCUGGGCCAUUACGGCUAUACUGGGCAGCUGCUCCCAUUCUCUACGGCUCCGGAGCAGCAUAUAUAUAGCUCCACCACUGCUCAUCAAACAUACGACCAUCCCCAGCUUCACACCCCCGUCGAUCCAUCACCUGCUAGCCUUGACGGCUCUGUUUCCAGCACAGACAUGUCUGAUCCGGUCUACACAGGUAAAUUCGAGGAGGAGCCCCUCCCGGACCUGGAAGAGUACAAGAGAGAGGACGGGCAGUAUUAUUGUAACGAGGGCGGUUGCUCUGGAGCCUACAACAGCCUCCGGAACUUCAAGAAACACAUGCGAACCCAUUUCAAGCCCGUUAUCUGUCCGCUCAGCGAGCUCUGCGAUAACGAUGGGAACCCCAAGGGGAGACGCACGGCGGAGCAGAGGGACAUGAUCCGCCACGUCCGCGCCUAUCACUCGGCCUGGGCCAAAAGGCAACAGAACCUCCCACAGGACGACUUUCCCUGCGACCUUUGCGAAAAGACCUUCACCCGCAAGGACAACCUGCGCAAGCACACAAAGGAAAUCCACGAGAAGAAGGCCUAG